CAUGCCGGCGUAGGCAUAUAUACUGGGCCUGUCUGACGCUCAACGUGGUAGUCUAUACUGCUCUAACAUGGGUGUUCUUAGGACGUUAGUAUUGUUAGUCCUGGUAUACACAUGCAGCGGUGAGUAUACCUACCCUGUGGACGACACACCCGGACUAGGCCGGGUAUUUGAUGGUAUUGGUGCCAUCAGCGGAGGAGGGGCUACAUCCAAACUCUUGGUCGGCUACCCACAACAACAAAGAGAUGAAAUCCUGGAUUUCUUGUUUACCCCAAACUUUGGAGCAUCACUUCAUAUUUUCAAAGUUGAGAUUGGAGGUGAUGCCCAGAGCUCAGAGGGCACGGAGGCCACACACAUGAGGAGCCCUGAUGACCAGAACUACAACAGGGGCUAUGAAUGGUGGAUGAUGAAAGAAGCCAAAAAGCGUAACCCUGACAUCAAGCUGUACGGACUCCCGUGGGGGUUUCCUGGCUAUCUUGAAGACCCCAUCAACAGCGUGUAUGGUCAGCCAGAACGUACAGCGCAGUAUAUUGCCAAUUGGGUCAUUGGUGCCAAGAAGUUCCACAACCUGACAAUAGAUUACGUUGGGUGUUGGAAUGAACAUCUAUACAACACAACGUAUAUAAAGGUGUUGAGGAAAGUCCUUGACAACAAUGGCCUCCAAGACACGCUCAUCGUAGCUGCAGAUUACUUCCAAUGGGACGACUUCGCAACUGAUAUUUUAAAUGAUCCUGAACUUGACAAAGCCAUCUAUGCCAUGGGAGUACACUAUCCACACACUAACAGUUCUUCCCUGGCUCAAAAGUUGGGCAAACCUCUGUGGGCAUCGGAGGAUACAUCUGACAAAGGCGACGCUAACUGGAAUCGAGACUACGUAAACGGGUACAUGACAAGCACCAUCGUGUGGGCGGCUCUGUGUAGCUGGUACUCCUUCCUGCCUCACUUCCCGUCGGCACUUAUGCUGGCCAAUGAACCUUGGAGUGGACAUUAUGAGACCUUUGAUUUCCUAUGGCUUGCAGCUCAUACUGGCCAGUUUACCAAGCCCGGAUGGACCUACCUGAAGCACGGGUACGGGGUGGGGAAGCUGGUUAAAGGAGGCAGCUAUGUCUCUCUGAUCAGUCCGGACAAGAAGGACCUUACAAUCAUCAUUGAGAAAAUGCAUCAAGAUGACGGCCCUGCAGAUAUAGAGAUGGAGAACAUCACAUUUCAAAUCAAAGGGACAUUUGCAGGUAUCACCCAUCUCAACAGUUGGAAAACAUACAUCUCCUCUUAUCCGGGCGAUUAUCAGAAUUUCUUUAAACAAUUUCCAGUUCAGGUUGUAAAUGGAAUCUUCAAUCUGACUAUCUACCCGGAAACUACCUUCACCUUGACGACGUUGACGACCGGACAUAAAGGGGAACCCCCGAAGCCCCCAGCUUCCGCCCCGUUCCCACUGUCACAUGCGGAGGACUUUGAACAGUAUCAGGUGGGUGAAGAGCCCUACAUCCUGGCCCCACAGACUGGGUCAUUUGAGGUCAUGGACGUUGGAGGCAGUCAUGGAAAGGUCAUGCGACAGAUGACCUUGCAGCGACCUGUGACAUGGUGUCAAGCAGAUUAUAUUGAGAUGGGUGUCAAGCAGAUUAUAUUGAGAUGGGCGUGGUAG